AUGGCGAAUGGCGGUGCAGCGGCGAUUAACGGUGGAGCGGCGAUUGGCGGUGGAGCGGCGGCGGAUAAAAGCGGCGCCGCGACGGGUUUCGGAACAGGCAGCGGCGAAGCGAGGGGAGGCGGCGGGAAGUCGGCGGUGACGAGCGCGGGAACCGGCGACGGCAACGGGUCGAUGGAAGAAGGCGCUUCGGUGGGGAAGAAGUCGGGAGGCACGAGGCGGCUGGCGGAACGCGGAGCGGACGGGAAGCGGCCGCGCAAGCGGUGCAAGCUGGUGCUGUUCGAGAGCCGUCUGCCGCGCGACGGGUUCGUGUGGCUCAAGUACGGCCAGAAGGAGCUGUCGGGCGGCACCAUGACGAGUGCCGCUCUGCGUUCCCAUCUUCCCCUCGUUCCCCCUCCCAUCCCUCACCUUAUAGCUACUAGUAACGCCCUUCCCUCUUGCCCCCUCCCCUUCCGCUCUGCUGGCGCGCUCCCCGCUUCGCGUGCUGUGGGCGCAGGCACUACUUUCAAGUGCAACGCGGCGGACUCGGCGGCUGCGUGCGAGGCGAAGCGCAUCGUGGACUACAACAAGGUGGACCCCCGCCACCCCAUCCGCGUCUCCACCACCGGCGCGCACAACCACGACGCGCCCGCCGCCCCGCUCGGCCUCAGCCUGUGCAGGGAAGGGGAGGCGGCAGGCGAGGGGGGCGCGGGGGCCGCGGGGGGCGAAGGGGACGACGGGGAAGAGGGGGAGCGUUCGCCACAUGGCGACCGGCGGCUGCCGCUCUCAAACCCGCGCACAGCCCACUCCAAGCCCUCCGCGCGCCCCCUUGCUCCCCCUCCCACCUGCCCCUGCAGCCCCCUCCGCCGCCGCCCAACGCUCUUCCAGACCAGCACGGCGGGGCCCUGGCUGCGUUUCCGCAGCAACAAAUAUCCUCGCUACAAUCACAGAACGUAUCCUCGCUGCAGCGACAAUCCCCUUACAGCGUCAAUUCUCGUUGAAGCAACCAGACAUUCUUCAUUACAGCCACAAGCCAUGUCCUCCUUAAAGCGCCAACCCUCGUUACAGCCACAGGCCCUGUCCGCCUUACAGCGGCAGUGCCGCGUUACAACCCGGCUCAAUGCUUCCAGGAGUGGGGUGCGCGAGAGGCAGAGUGCGCAUGGGGAGUGCGCUGACGGACCUGGCAUGGCGGCAGGGGGGAGAGCUGGAGGGGGCAGCACGGAGGGGCAGGGACAAGGGUGGCGGGAGCAAGGGUGGCAUGAGCAGGGGCGGCAGGAGCAGGGGCGGCAGGAGCAGGGGCGGCAGGAGCAGGGGCGGCAGGAGGAGGGGCGGCAGGAGCAGGGGCGGCAGGAGCAAGGGCGGCAGGAGCAAGGGGCGGCAGGAGCAGGGGCGGCAGGAGCAGGGGGCGUGUGGGGAGACACGGCAGGAGUGUCGGAGGCCGCUCAAGAGGGCAGGCAAGCCGUGUCGCCCCCUCUGCCCACACCCAUGCCGCCCGCACCCAUCCCGCAACCCAUGCCCGCACCCAUGCCCGCACCCAUGCCCGCACCCAUGCCUGCACCCAUGCCCACACCCAUGCCGCGCCCAUGCCAGCAGCGGUGCCAGCAGCAAUAUCUGGAGUGGGCAGGGAGGGUGGAGCGGGGGAUUGGCUUGCGGAACGACAAGCAGCAAGAGGCGGCAGAAGCAUCUGACGGGCAGCCGCGGCCGCUUGGGCGCACAGCAUCUGCACCCGUGGGGCGGAUUGGGGCGGCGGAGGGGGGUCAGCGGCGCCACACGCGGUGGUGGCAGCGCGGGUGGAGGCGCUGCGGGCGGCAGCAGGAGGAGGCGACGAGGAGGGAGGUGGAGGCGGCAGCAGCGGUGCGGCAGCUGGAGGCGCAGCUGGAGCAAGCAGCGCGCCGCCGCCGCCCAGGCGCGCGCCCGCGCUGCUGCCGCCAGGCGGAGGCGGAGAUGAAGCUGGCCGCCCUGCGGAGACAGCUGCAGGCGGAGCACAGCCCCCGCGACGGAGGAGCGGCGGCUGGGGGGCGUGGCGGCGGAGGGGGUGGCCGCUGGUGGGGUGGCGGCUGGGGUGUGACAGCUGGGGGAGUGGCGGGCGGGGGUAUAGGGUCGAGGGCAGGGAGAGGGGUGGUGGUAAAGGAAGAGGCGAUUGGGGAGGAGGCUGUGGCGGAUGAGAUGCCCGUGGCCCCCUGCCCUCCCUACCACGCCACGUCUCCUUCUCGCACCCCCUACUCAUGGCCCUCAAACCGAAGCCUCCUUACUUCCCCCACAACCCUCCGCGCCUGCCCCAGGUGUCACCUCCGCUUUCGCGCCAGUCACCACCUCCCCCACUACCAGCCAAAAUUGCACCCAGGAACGCGGCGACAGCCAGUGCGAGAACCAGGGGAGAGUGGGAGCAUGAGAGAGGGUGCGGGAAGGGUGGAGAGGCAGGGGGGUGCGCGGGGCAGGAACAGCAGCACGGCGGCACUGGCGCUGUCACUGUCGUGUGUGGCGCUGCGCCUCGUGCUGCAGCUGCAGGAGGCUGCCAGGGCGGAGCAGCAGGGGGGGUCGUGCGGAGGAGAAGCAAGCAGGUGGUGGCGGAGAGGCGGAUGGACGGAAUGGGUCGGAGCAGUUUGGUGUGGGCAUGGUGGCAGCUGCAGGUGGAGGUGUGGAAGCAGGUGGAGCAGGAAGCAGAGAGGGCUGUGGAGGGGUGGAGCAGGCAGGGAAGCGCCAUUCCUUGAUGGCCCGGCUCACAGCGCUCCUGAGAUGUCCACGCUCACUGCAGCCGCAGUGCCCAACUGCCUCAUCCAUGGCUUUCCCCUCCCCGGUGCUUUUCUGCAGGCGGGGGGCAUGUGGGAGAGCAGGGGCGGUGUGAGGAGCAGAGUGGAUGCCGUGGGCAGCAGCACAGGGGCGCCGCCCCCCAGCCCCGCGGACUCACAUGCGCCCUGCAGUGCUGCCAGGCGUGUUGACGUGGAGCUGCGCCUCUGA